CUGUUCAUUUGGAAGCUGAAAAAAUAAGCACAAUAAAGAGAUUACAGUCAUGGUUGAAAAACACAAGACUGAAUUGGAGAGUCUGCAGCAUCAGCAGGAUAACUUUUGGACAGAAAGACUCCAAGUCUUAAAGCAACAGCAUCAGACUGACAUGGAAAAACUUAGAGAAAAGUGUGAACAAGAAAAAGAAACAUUAUUGAAAGACAAAGAGAUUCUUUUCCAGGCCCACAUAAAAGACAUGAAUGAAAAGACUUUAGAAAAGCUUGAUGUAAAACAAACAGAGUUGGAAUCAUUAUCUUCUGAACUGUCAGAAGUGUUAAAAACCCGUCACAAGCUAGAAGAGGAACUUUCUGAUCUAAGGGAUCAAGCAGUUAAAAUGAAGCAAGAUUUAGAGGCCCAGCUGGAUGAGCAGAAAAAUCAUCACCAGCAAGAGGUUGAUAAUAUCAUUAAAAAACAAGAAAUAACUAUCCAGAGAACUGAGAAGGCAUUAAAAGAUCAAAUUAAUGAACUGGAGCUUCUUCUGAAGGAAAAGGACAAGCAUUUGAAAGAACAUCAGGCUCAUGUAGAAAAUUUAGAUGCAUGUAUUAAAAGAUCUGAAGGGGAGCUUCAGCAGGCAUCUGCUAAGCUAGAUCUUUUUCAGUCACACCAGAGUACCAUACAUGAACAAUCAAAAGCAUAUGAGAAACAGUUGGUCCAAUUGCAGCAACAGUUAUUGGAUUUGGAAACAGAAAAAAAACUUCUUAUCAAACAGGUAGCUGAAGUUGAAAAACAAAAGAAGGAUGUUUGUAUGGAGUUAGAUACUCACAAAAUCCAGGUACAGGGCUUAAUGCAGCAACUUGAAAAACAGAAUAGUGAAACAGAGCAGAAAGUAAAAUCUUUAGCUGAACUCUAUGAAUCUCAACUUAAAGAUAGUAACAUUAAGCAGGAACAGACAAAGCAAAUCUUGAUGGAAAAAGAAAAUAUAAUUUUACAAAUGAGAGAAGAACAGAACAAAGAAAUUGAGAUACUCAGACAGAAAUUGUCAUCCAAGGAGGACAGUGUUAGUACAUUGCAUAAGGAAUAUGAAACCAAAUUUAAAAAUCAAGAUGAAAAGAUGGAAAAAAUUAAGCAAAAAGCAAAAGAGAUACAAGAAACAUUGAAGAAGAAAUUGUUGGAUCAGGAAGCUAAACUUAAAAAAGAGCUCGAAAAUACUGUUCUAGAGCUUAGUCAGAAAGAAAAACAAUUCAAUGCCAAAAUGUUGGAAAUGUCACAGGCUAACUCAGCUGGAAUCGAUGCAAUAUCAAGACUGGAAACAAACCAAAAAGAGAAAAUAGAAAGUCUUACUGAGGUGCAUCAGCAAGAACUCAGAGAUGUCAUAUCAAGCUGGGAAAAGAAACUUAAUCAGCAAGCUGAAGAACUUCAGGAAAAACAUGAAGUUCAAUUACAGGAGAAGGAACAACAGGUAGCAGAACUGGAGCAAAAAUUCCUCAUAUUUGGGUGUGAAAAGGAAGAGAUGAAGAAGGAAAUGGCAUGGCUGAAGGAAGAAGGUGUUAAGCAAAAUGCAACAUUAAAUGAAUUACAGGAACAGUUAAAGCAGAAGUCUACUGAUCUGUCUUCUCUCUCAGAAAAUGAAACUAAAUUGAAAGAACAGCUUGAAAAGGUAAUGGUUGACUUGAAACACUCUCUGAAGGAAAAGACUUUCCUUCAAGAGCAGCUAGUUGAACUGAAAAUGCUGACAGAAAAAGAUAAGCUUAAGAUUUCUGAGUUGACAAACAAGUUGAAAAUCACAGAGGAGGAAUUCCAGAAUUUAAAAUCUUUACAUGAGAGAUGUAAGAAAAGCGUAGAAGACAAAAGCUUGGAAUUAAAAAUACUGCCUGAGGAACUAGCCUGUCAGCUAGACAGUUAUUGUAAAAAUAUGGAAGCUUUAUUAGAGGCUAAAACAAGUGAGCUAAUCAACAGUAGUAGUAGUAAAACUAAUGCCAUUCUUUCUAGGAUUUCCCAUUGCCAAGGCCACACAGAUAAAGUUAAGGAGGUACUGCUAAUGAAAACUCGCAAAAUUUCUGAAUUAGAAGCACACCUUACACAGCUAACAGAGGAGCAAAAUACACUAAAUAGUUCUUUUCAACAGAUUACCCAUCAGUUAGAAGAAAAAGAAAAUCAAAUUAAAAGCAUGAAGGCUGAUAUUGAAGGACUUGUAACAGAAAAAGAAGCCUUACAGAAAGAAGGAGGAAAUCAGCAACAGGCUGCCUCUGAAAAGGAGUCUUGUAUCACACAGUUGAAGAAAGAGUUAUCUGAAAAUAUCAAUGCUGUCACAUUGAUGAAAGAAGAGCUUACAGAAAAAAAAUCUGAGAUUAGCAGUCUUAGUAAACAACUAACUGACUUGAAUACUCAACUUCAGAACAGUAUCAGCGUAAGUGAAAAAGAUGCAGCCAUUUUAUCACUAAGUAAACAUUAUGAAGAUCAGCAACGUGAAUGGCAGGAUCAAGUGCAAAAUUUAUCUUUGGAAGUUGAUACUCUGAGUAAAGAGAAAGUUUCUGCUCUUGAGCAGGUUCACCAUUGGUCCAACAAAUUUGCAGAAUGGAAGAAAAAAGCACAGUCAAAAUUUACACAGUAUCAAAACACUAUUAAAGAAAUUCAGGUGCAGCUGGAGUUAAAAACAAAAGAAGUUAAAGUAAAGGAUGAGCAGAUAAAUUUAUUGAAGGAAGACCAUGAUCAGCAAAAUAAAAGAUUUGAAUGUUUAAAGGGUGAAAUGGAAGAUAAGAAAAACAAGAUGGAGAAAAGAGGGUAUAAUUUGGAGACUGAGUUAAAGAGGCAGACAGCAAAGAUCAUAGAAUUAGAGGACCUUAUUACUCAAAAAGAAAUUGAAAUUGAGUCUUUAAAUGAAGUACUUAAAAAUUACAAUCAACAAAAAGAUAUUGAACAGAAAGAAUUGGUUCAAAAACUGCAAUACUUUAAAGAGUUAGGGGAAGAAAAGGCCAAUAGAGUUAAAGAAGCUGAGGAAAAAGUGUUAAGGCUUGAAAAGCAAGUAGCUUCCUUGGAAGAUGAACUUGAAAUUUUGAAGAAAGAAUUAGAACAUGUGUAUUCAAGUGUGAAAAGCAAAGAAGAGGAGUUACUUUCAUUGGAAGAUAGACUUGAGUUAGAAAAUGCAGCAAAAUUUGCAGAACUGAAAAAAAAAGCUGAACAAAAAAUUGCUGCCAUCAAGAAGCAGUUGUUAUCCCAAAUGGAAGAGAAAGAACAGCAGUAUAAAAAAGGUGCAGAAAGCCAGGUGAGUGAGCUAAAUACAAAAUUGCAAGAAAGAGAAAGAAAAGUUCAUAUCUUGGAAGAAAAACUUAAAUCACUGGAAAGUUUUCCACAAUUAGAAACAUCAGUUGUAUCCAGAUUGGUAGAAAAUGUGACAGUGUGUAUUGAGCAAGAAGCAGGUCCAGAGGGCUGUAUGCAGAAGGCAUGUGGAGAAAAACUCAGUGCUUUACAGAGAAAGUUAAUUGAAAAAGAAAAGCUGUUACAGAGACUAGAGCAAGGAAAAGAAGAAAUAAUUGCAUCUCAUUCUGAAACUCAAUGCAAGUACCAGGAACUCUUAAAAAAGUUAGAAUGUGCUGAAGCAAAGCAACAUGAGGAUCAAGUUGUUAUAGAUCAUCUUCAAAAAGAACUUGAAGAAAUAAAGAAAUAUUCCUUAAUAGUACCCCAGCAUAUGGAAGAAGUGGAAAGUAAGUCUAUCGUUGGGGCAAAGCAAAACUGGGAAAAUGUGAUUGAUGAUGUCCAGAAAAACCUCCACAAAAAAGAACUAACCUGUCAGACCCUGGAGCAAAGGAUAAAGGAACUGGAUUCCUGUUUAGUGAAAGAGAAGGAAGUACAUAGAAUUGAAAUAGAAGAGUUGACCUUAAAAUACAAAAAAUUGCAGACUUUAUAUCAACAGAUAGAUGAAAAUAAACCCACAGAAGUUUUGGAAGACAAUAUUGAAGAAACUUCCAAAUCUCAUGUGGUCCAACCCAAAUUGCUUAGUAACACGGAAGCCCAGAACAAUGACCUGGAGUUUAAAUUAGCAGGGGCAGAGCAGGAAAAGCAGAAGAUGGGCAAAGAGAUUAUUAGAUUGCAGAAAGACCUUCGAAUGUUGAGGAAAGAACAUCAGCAAGAACUGGCAAUAUUAAAGAAAGAAUGUGAACAAGAACUGGAGGAAAAAAUCAAACAGGAGCAGGAAGAUCUUGAGUUGAAGCACAAUUCCACAUUGAAACAUCUGAUGAGGGAAUUCAAUACCCAGUUGGCACAAAAGGAACAGGAGCUGGAAAUGACCAUAAAAGAAACUAUCAACAAGGCCCAGGAGGUGGAAGCUGAACUUUUGGAAAGCCAUCAAGAAGAGAUAAACCAAUUACAUAAAAAAAUUGCAGAAAAAGAUGAUGAUCUUAAAAGAACAGCCAAAAGAUAUGAAGAAAUCUUUGACGCUCGUGAAGAAGAAAUGGCUGCAAAAGUAAAGGACCUACAGACUCAGCUUACAGACGUACAGAAGAAAUACCAACAGAAGCUACAGCAGGAGGACCCUGGCAGUGAUAAUGUGACAAUUAUGGAACUACAGACACAACUGGCACAGAAGACUACUCUAAUCAGUGAUUCAAAGUUGAAAGAACAAAAAUUCAGAGAACAGAUUCACAAUUUAGAAGAUCGUUUGAAGAAAUAUGAAAAGAAUGUAUAUACAACAACUAUGGGGACACCUUAUAAAGGUUGCAAUUUGUACCGUACUGAUGUCUCACUCUUGGGAGAACCUACCGAGUUUGAAUAUUUGCGAAAAGUACUUUUUGAGUAUAUGAUGGGUCGUGAGACUAAGACCAUGGCAAAAGUUAUAACCACUGUCUUGAAGUUCCCUGAUGAUCAGACUCAGAAAAUUUUGGAAAGAGAAGAUGCUCGGUUAACGUCAUGGCUCUGAUCUUCGUUUUGAAGAACUGGCAGAGUGAUGUUGGGCAACUGCUGCUUGGAAAACUGCCCAGAUUUGCACUUUGAGAAUGAAGCUGUCAAUUGGGACCCCUCUUUUAGCUAAAAGACUAAGGAAAAUCUGAUAUUAGCCCACAGAUAUAUUGCAGACUCCUUUUAAAAUAGAUUUUUUCCAGUGGAGAAAUGGUGAUAGGUUUUGCCUUUUUUCUUCAGUUUUUUCUUGGGAAGUUUUUUGUUGCUUUUGAAAGAUAGUUUGAAUAACUUAACCUGCUUUAUAAGUAGACUUAACGUUCCUUUCUUCCAUUCUUUUUGUCCCUCUUCUAAAGGAGUGCUUGCCUUUCUUAUUUAUGAGUGAGUUUUUUUUCUUUUUUAAAGAUUUGUGCAAUAUGUUUUAAGGUGAAACUUAGUAUAUUUUUUCUAUUAAAUUAGAGAAUUGAUUAUUACCCAGAUUUUUUGAAUAUUGGCUAAAGAUGAUUCUUUAAGCAGUGAUACAUAAGUCCCAAAUGGUAGUUCCUCAUUGUUUACCUAGCUUUUGUACUUAUUUUUUUCAGAGGAAGGAAUACUACUGUAAAUUGUAAAUAGUCAGUACUACUGUAUGCAAUAACUAUUGUAUGCAAACCUGUUGGCAAUGUCACCUUGGAA